UGUUCCAUUAAAAAAAAAACGGCACGCCUCUUCUCCUCGCUUCUCUCUUCUCUCCCCUUUCCCUCACUUCUGAGCCACGAGACCACCAACCAGCAGCCCAGCUGCGGCGGAAACCGGCCUCCCACAACACCACCGGUCUUCCCUCUCUCCUCCCUGUGACGCAGCUGUUUUUCCCCUUUAAACAGCCACGGAAGCAGCAGCUUGAGGUGCUGCAUUUGCUGCACGUGCCGCCAGCCACGGUGGUCAGUUUGGGGUCCUCUCUCCAACCGGUUCGGUCCCGUGCCACCACUACCACAACCCUAACUUACCUCUUUCCCCUUUUUGCUAGUUUUAACUUUGUGCCCAUUUUUGUAAGAGGAAAGUAGAGCCUUAGUCGGGUGAUUUUGUGACUUUUGAUCGUGCAGUGACGCUUACAGAUCGAACCAUGAACACUCAUCGCAAGGAAAAUACACUCUGAAACGACACCGUCAUUUUCGAUUGGUACAGUGAUUUGGUUUUGGCUCCAUAUGUGUCGCCCUCUCCACAAACUCCAAGCAAUAAUCCUCCACCGUUCCCAUCUGUACCACCGCCAACCACUGCUCCCGCAAAGAGCCUUGGUCCACCGAUCGAAACUGCCUCAGCAGCAGGCCCUUCAAUUCCUCCCAACGGCCUAUUGCUCUUUUCUGGUGUUCCCAUUGGUACCACACCAAGGCUCGUCCUUCAAGACUAAUCACAGCCUCCUCGACACGUUUUUCCUCCUUCAGUCUAUAAUACGCAAAGUAGCGCUCCGCCUUCCUGAUCCAGGCAUCCGGGUUGUCACCAUCAAACAUAGUCUCAUUCAAGUGUAGCAUCUUGUAAAGUUGUAAAUACAUCUCUAUUUCCAGCGCUAAAUGGCAAUGCUUUUAACGCCCACUCCUAUAGGAUUCCUCCGAACAAUCAGUUGUAGUGCAGAAUCAUCGAGGAAAUUUGCUUCUGCUCACAUCUCAUAUGAUCAAAGGAAUAUAAGAAGUGAAGGAAAAAAUAGGUCUGGACAUGAACUUGUAUUUGGAGGAAGCUAUGAUUGUCACAAAAGACACCCCGUUAGAUUUCUAGGUCUCCGAACAAGAGCCUUAUCUGGUAUUCCCGUUGAACAUGUUAAGCAAGGAUCCUCAAAAUACCUUUUUAGGACCGAGAAUGGUGGGCAGGUGAAGGUCGCUGUAGGGAAAAGAAGCUCAAGGCAUACAGUACAUAUUGAGGUUUUGCCUUCAGAAUUGAGUGAUCCAGAGAAGCCUAUACUAAGUUGGGGUAUAUACAGAUCUGACUCAUCUUUUAUCCCUCUUGAACUUCAAACCUCAUCUCCAGAUGCCCAGAAGGCCAUUUAUCAAAUCCCUUUAAGGAGGAACCCUUUCGGCACCUAUGUGGUUGAAAUGGAAUUUGAAUCACAUUUAGCCCCAUUUUAUCUCUCAUUCGUAUUAAAACGUUCUAAUGGUACUGAAUCAGAAAAUUUAGAGGUAAAGAGUCAUAGGCACACCAAAUUUUCUGUUCCAGUUGGCUUUGCUUCUGGAUACCCGGCUCCACUUGGUCUUUCUUUCUGCACUGAUGGUAGGAUAAAUUUUGCUUUUUUCUCCAGGAAUACAGAAAGUGUUUUCCUUUGUUUGUUUGAUGAUAAUGAAUCAGAGGAACCUGCUUUGGAGAUUGAACUAGAUCCAUAUGUAAACCGAACUGGUGAUAUUUGGCAUGCAUCCUUCGAUAGUGCUGGACCGUUUGUGAGUUAUGGCUAUCGAUGCAAAGGAGUAGUAUUCAGUGAAAGAAGUAAUCAAGUUCUUUUAGAUCCGUAUGCUAAACUAUUAAGGAAAAAGGUUCCCGAUUUACCUGAUCUUGGAGAAUUACGUGAUGUACCUGCUUUUGAUUGGAAUGGAGAUGCCCGUCCUGGGUUAGCCUUGGAGAAAUUAGUUCUUUAUCGACUCAAUGUGAUGCAAUUUACUGGGGACAAAUCUAGUAAACUACCUGCUGACUUUACUGGAAACUUUGCUGGUAUUACUGAAAAACUCCAGCAUUUCAAAAGUCUCGGUAUCAACGGCAUCUUAUUAGAGCCUAUUUUCCCAUGCAAUGAAAAAAAGAGUCCCUAUUUUCCUUUGCAUUAUUUUUCACCACAGCAGGUAUAUGGACCCGCUAAUGACUUCGUAUCUGCUAUCAAGUCGAUGAAAACGAUGGUGAAGAAAAUGCAUGCCCAUGGAAUAGAGGUUUACUUGGAAGUUGUUUUCACUCACACCACCGAAGAUGGAAUACUUCAAGCGAUUGACCCUUUAUCCUAUUUUUAUGCUGAUCAGAACGGAGAAUUAACUGCCCGGAAUGCUUUGAACUGUAACUAUCCAAUCGUACAGCAGAUGAUCGUUGAUAGUCUUCAGUAUUGGGUGACAGAGUUUCAUAUAGAUGGGUUUUGCUUCAUAAAUGCUUCGUAUCUCUUAAAAGGAUCUUAUGGGGAGAGCUUGUCUCGCCCCCCAUUAAUCGAAACAAUUGCCUUUGAUCCUGUACUUUCGAAAACCAAGAUGAUUGCCGAUUUUUGGGAUCCUUAUGACAUGAAUUCCAAAGAAACUGUUUUUCCACAUUGGAAAAGAUGGGCUGAAAUAAAUUCGAAAUUUUCUUGUGAUGUGAGAAAUUUUCUAAAGGGUGAGGGACUUAUAAGCAGUCUUGCAACACGACUUUGUGGAAGUGGGGAUAUCUUCUCGGCUGGAAGAGGUCCCUCGUUUUCCUUCAAUUACAUUACCAGGAAUGUCGGCCUUCCGCUAGUUGAUUUGGUUAGUUUCAGCAAGAAUGAUCUUGCUUCUGAAUUAAGUUGGAAUUGUGGAGAAGAAGGCCCUACAAACAACAAACUUGUCCUUGAGAGACGACUCAAACAGAUUCGCAACUUUCUGUUAAUCUUAUUUGUUUCGCUUGGCGUUCCUGUAUUGAACAUGGGUGAUGAAUGUGGGCAAUCAUCUGGUGGAUCCCUUGCAUACAGUGACAGAAAACCUCUGAAUUGGAACGCUCUUAGCUCUGCGUUUGGUGUCCAAAUCACGCAGUUUAUCUCAUUUCUGACUUCUCUAAGAGAAAGACGUGGUGAUCUUCUUCAACGGAAGGAAUUCAUUGAAGAAGAAAAUAUUGGCUGGUAUCACAGUGACUUGUCGCCUCCAAAAUGGGACGAUCCAUCAGUUAAAUUCCUGGCAAUGGAACUGAAGGCAGAGAACAUAGAUGUCAAAAACUUGUCGUCUUCUAUGCGCAGUAACUUGUAUGUUGCCUUUAAUGCCGGAGAAAAUUCUGAAACGGUUGUCUUACCAUCACCACCCGAGGGGAUGACAUGGGUACGAUUGGUCGACACUGGUCUAGCAUUUCCUGGGUUUUUCUCCUCAGACGGAAUUCCUAUUCCUGAGCAGAUGCCUGAAUUACUAGCAUACGAACUAAAGUCUUACAGUUCAGUACUCUUUGAAGCAAAGAUCCAGCUUGCUUGAGCUUCAUAGUGGUGCAUUGUAUAUUAGUGCAGUAUUAGUAGUAAAAUGUACAUACAAUAAAGCAUAUGUCAUCGAACUACCCUGAUUUUCAGUUAGAUGACUUGUGUGAGUUGUGUCACUUUUGGCUGGGAUCUCGGGAUGCCAGAGUCCCGAUAAACAUAGGUUAGAACGUAUAAUGAACUGUCAAAUAAUAACCAUACGGUAAUAUUUAUGAUGCUCGUUCUUUCAUUUUUGUUUAAUUUUAUGAUCUAUGAAUAAGAUUUCACCACUUCGUGUGAUUUUUGCAAUUUGG